GCGGGCGGGGCGCGCGCCUGCUCCGCCCACGGGGUCUCGGGGCGCUCCCCGGGGGCUCGGCCUGCAGGGGCGGGGUCGGCGCGGCGCGGAGCCGCCGAGUCCGAGUCCGGGCAGGGUCGGACGCCGCCGGCCGCACCAUGCGGGCCCCGCUCGGCGCCGCGCUCGCGCUCCUCGCGCUGCUCUGCGGGGCCGCUGCGGAUCCCAUCCCCCUGUCCCGCGGAGACUCGGCUGGGACCACAGGCUGCACCAGGGACCAGGCUGUCCAGGACCGGUUAGACGUCCUGGAGGAGACGGUGGAGAAGACCGUGGAGCAGCUGGAGGCGGAAGUGAAGGACCUGCUGGACCUGCUGGAGGCGAUCGGGCCGCUGGCCCCUGCCCUGAGCCCAGCCCCGGACCUCCUGGGAGGCAGCGAGCAGUUCAAGUCGCUUCUCAGUGCAGGCUGUGAGGAGGGGCCGGGCUGCGGGGAGUGACGCCCUUUCCCGUCCCGCCGCUUCGGGCCCCCGCAAUGAAGACGUCUCCUGUCCCGGAGCCUCCUGAGGGGGUUCUGGGCCCCCAUCCGGAAAGCUGCUGCAGCAGGGCUGGCCUGCGUGACCACCACGGGCAGCGCCACUGCUGGCACUUGGCGGGAAGUGGAGACUCAGACCCACGGAUCUGCCGGGAACCAACACUCUGGUGGGGUCGCAGGGGCCACAGGACGCGCCCCCAAACCCAGCGCCACCCUCAAGGCUCCUCCAGCGGCUCUGUGGCACCUGAUGUGAGCCCCCCAAAGCCUGUGCCUCGGCCCACCCCUUCCCCACCCUGACGUCUCCAGGGCUCUGCUGGUUCUGCACCUCAUAAACAUAAACGCCAGCCUCGUCUGUCUCCCCGGCCCGGCCCACCGUGGCACACCCUCGGCUGCCCUCAGACUCCGA